AUGGAUGCGGUUGCCACAACCGGUUUAUAUCCUCCUAAUGAGGAAAAUGGAAAUGCAAUUUCAACUCUUCCAAAUGAUUUACUAUCAGAUUUAGAAACAAAAUAUGGUUGUACUCAAAUGUUAACAACCAGUGGUCAACCAUUAACACGUUUGAGUUAUCCAUUGGAUCAACAUAAUCAAGAACAACAACUCAUUUAUCGUGGUUUAAAUAAAACAUCGUAUGGUCAAGUAAUACAUCCGCAUUCUUAUGCAGGUAUAAGUCAUUCUCAGUCUGGACUAUACAGUGACAACAAGCAAGUAAUAAAACGUGAUGAACUGGUUAAUCCCGCAUGGAUAUUUCAUAAAUCAUUAAAAGACUCUGAUAUUGAAUCACUUGAUCCAAAAGAAAUUGAGUUUUUUCAACAAGUUAUUGAACGUUAUCUUUAUCCAUUAGUAGAAGAUAAAGAACAUCAGAAAAUUGUUGCGCGUGAUUUAAAAGCACUGAGAAACAAUGGAUGUUUUAGUUUUUUUAUGUUAAAUACACUAUGGAUAGUUAUUAUAUUUCAUUUUCAAUUAGUUCAAUCAAAAAUACGUAAUUAUGUUUAUAUUCCCAUUAAACGAUUAAAUUAUGAGUCAUUACGAUUUGAACCACUUGGAUUUUUAUUUCUACUCUUUUUUGCAAGUAUUUUAUUAGUUCAAUUUAUUUCCAUGCUAUGGCAUCGUUAUGGUACUCUAUUACAUUUAUUAGCAUCGACUGAUUUAAAACUAUGUCCACGUAAAAAUGUUGAUUUAUCUGAUAAUGUUGAAGAAGCCGUUGAACAAGUGAAAGUAUUACAACAAUUAAAAGGUUUCAAUGACGAAGAUAUGCCUGAACCUGACUAUGAUGAGGAUGGUAAAUAUGAAGAACGAUUGCCAUCAGAACCAGAUUUAUCAACAACGGGACUCAUCUAUCGUUCAAAAUGGAAAAAUGGAGAGAAUGGAGCUAUGACAUCAGCUACAUCCCAACAAUGGAGUGGUUUAACGCCCACCGAUGCAAAAGUAAACGAUAUGCAACGUAACCUGGAUACGGAUCAUAGUGAUAUGAGUCAAAUGUACGGUUUUAAUGGCUAUACUAGCUCAGUAAAAACCUACGGAUCAAACUAUGAAGCGAUAAAACGUCGACAACAGUCAAAUAAAAAACAUUUAUAUAAUAAAUCACUAGAUCAUGUAUUCCGAAGUCGUUGGCAAGCAUUAUCACAAGGAAAAAAUAAUCAAUUAAAACAUAACAAACAACGCGUAAAACUAACGGAUGUAUUUCAACAGCAACAAAUGCAAAGUGAAAGACAUUCUCAGCAACAACAUCGAAAAAAUCGACGAACAUCAAGUGAAUUGACCGUAAGAAAUUCUGUAAAUAAUGUAAAUACGAAUAAUAAUAAUAUCGAAAAUACCCAUCAACAAGAAUAUCAAAUUGAAAACGAACUAAAACCAGAGAAAAAAAUCAAAACAACGACAUAUUGA